AACUAAUCACUCCUCUACGCUCUGCCUCAGGCGGCCCGGUGGGCGGGAAGAGGCGGACACACCCUAUAGCGGUGGGGGCGUGGCCAAAGCAAACGAAGAAUGGAGACUAGCGGGAUCCUCCGCUUCAUAUCUGUCAUCUCCAUCCUCCUGUGUGCGACAGGAUUGGGCAGCGCUCGGGAAGUCCGCGUCCAGGAAGGACCGCUGUACCGCGUCGUAGACAACCCCAUCUCCAUCCGCUGCAAUGUCAGCGAGUACGAAGGACCGCCCACGCAGAACUUCGAGUGGUUCAUGUACCGGCCCUCGGCCCCGGACAUCUCCAUCUCCAUCGUCAGCACCAAGGACCCCGAAUUCGCCUACGCCGUCUUCUCGGGCCGCGUCCGCAAAGGCGACAUCUUCAUCCAGCGUCUGAGCGGAGACAGCACCGAGCUCCACAUCAAACAGCUCCGCGCCGAGGAUGAGGGCGUCUACGAGUGCUACACGCCCACCACCGACUCCCGCUACCUGGGGAGCUACAGUGGCAAUGGCCCUAGACUGUCUACAUCAUCCCCUCUGCAGCUGAACCUGGUGCAGGGGCGGGAGCUCCACCUGUCCUGCUCGGCAUCCGCGGACUCCACGCAGCACACCCACCUGUCCGUGACGUUCGGGGUCAGCGAUCCCGGGGCCCCGGUGGGUCGGGGGACGUUACGUAACAUCAUCUCCCUAGGGCGGGACUUCACCGUGGAGCCGUCCAAGGAGCAUCAGACGUACGGCGAGCGAUACCUGAACGGAGAGCUCCGCCUGGAGAAGACUGAUAACAGCACCUACAAGAUGGUCAUCACCCGCGUGCGGCCCCAAGACACCGGAUCCUACCACUGCACCGCCGCACAGUGGAUCCAAGACCCCGACGGAAGCUGGCAGAAGGUCACCGAGAAGAGAUCCGUGCUGGCCCAGCUCACUGUCCAGUCUGUUGGUAGGGAUGGUCAUGAGGAGCCAAAGAUACAGGCGGGAGGUAUGGUGGAUCUCUUCUGUAACGUCUCUGCGGCGGUGGCCCUUCCCCCGGACAUGGCGCUGUCCAUGGAAUGGUGGGUGACCUCGUCACAGCAGUCUCCCGGCCAGUUGGUGGCCUCGAUGUCCACGGACGGGUCGGUGUCCCUAGGAGAGCGAUACACGGAAGGUGACACGGGGACCAGACACAUUUCCCUGGAGAAGCUCUCUCCCUCCCCCGGCUCUUUCCGCCUGCGGAUCUACUCUGCCCAGCCGGGGGAUAUCGGCGCCUACAGCUGUCGCGUCAAAGCCUUUGUGUCCUACCCGGGGCAGAGGCUGGAGGAGGUGUCCAGCAGAGUGUCGCAGAGCAUCAACGUCCUGAUGACCGUGCAGGAUAUCUCUCUGAGCGUCCACGUGCAUUUGGACUCCAUCAUGUUAUACCGCGGCAACACCGCCUCCCUGCUCUGCAAUAUCACGGUGGAGACGCCACAGACGGUCCACAUGGCGGUCAGCUGGUGGGUGGAGCUAGCCGGGGAGAAGCCCAACGAGAGAAUGGGGAGACUGUUGGCCUCGGUGAAUCGGCAGGGCGUGUCGGAGCCAGGAAUGCGGAUCUCGGGCCAGGACCUCAGCACGGAUAAAGUGGGAGCCCAGUGCUACCGGCUGCGCUUGUACAACAUCCAGGCGGAGGACGAAGGGCUGUACCACUGCGCCGUCACGGCCUGGAUCCAGUACCCAGACCUCACGUGGUACAACGCGGCUUCCGCCAAGUCCAACAACAUCAAAAUGUUUCCCUACGCUCAGGUGAAGGAUUUGCUCUUCAUCCCGAUGAUCGGCGGCGUGGCCAGCGCACUCUUCGUUGGUAUCACCAUCCUGGCCACCGUCACCUGCUGCUACAUACGACAACUGCGCGUUCGUAAGAGGUGAGGGAGACGGCGCCGAGAGCGUGAAGGACUGAGAUCUGACCGAACGCCCCUUGUACAUUUCAAUGUGGUUCUAUGAAGAAAACACUGUAAUGUGAACAGGAUAUUCUGCCCCCUCCCCCCGUCCUGGGACGCACGCACUUC